GUUCAUUCAUUCUUUCAUUCAUCAACAAACACACAGUUGACAGUUCACGGCAGUUGUACUUUAGACGCCGAACGAGUUGCACGUGUAAAAUGGCCCAAGAUAAUUUAACCGCACUUCUCAAGAAGCCCAAGGAUUUGCAGCUGGUACAAACACCAAUACCAGAAAUAGCCGACGAUGAGGUACUACUCCGCAUGGACUGCGUGGGUAUCUGCGGGUCUGACGUGCACUACUGGCAGAGUGGCGCGUGUGGACACUUCGUGCUCAAAGAACCCAUGAUUAUGGGACACGAGGCUUCUGGAGUCGUCGCCAAGCUUGGUGCUAAAGUAAAGAACCUGAAGGUGGGUGACCGCGUGGCCAUCGAGCCUGGCGUGCCCUGUCGCUACUGUGAGUUCUGCAAGACUGGCCGCUACCACCUCUGUCCGGACAUGGUGUUCUGCGCCACUCCACCCGUCCACGGCAACCUCGCCAGAUACUACAAGCAUGCUGCCGACUUCUGCUACAAAUUGCCAGACCACGUAACCAUGGAAGAGGGAGCUCUUCUAGAACCACUGUCAGUUGGCAUCCACGCGUGUAGACGUGCAGGCCUGACCGGGGGUCACAAUGUACUGGUGCUGGGCGCCGGACCCAUCGGUCUCGUCACCAUGCUCUCUGCUAAAGCCAUGGGCGCUAGCAAAGUUCUCAUCACAGACGUGCUGCAGUCUCGACUGGACUUCGCGAAGAAGUUGGGAGCCGACGCGACGAUCCUGUCGACCAAGGACAUCAGUGAGGCUGACAUGGUGAAGAAGAUCCACGAGCUGCUGGGCGACCAGCCUGACGUCUCCUUCGACGCCAGUGGAGCCCAGGCCACCGUCAGGAUGGCUAUGCUGGCGACGAAGUCAGGUGGCGUGGCAGUGCUGGUGGGCAUGGGUGCGCCGGAGCAGACCGUGCCACUGGCCGGAGCACUCGCGCGCGAGGUCGAUAUACGAGGCAUCUUCCGAUAUGUUAACGAGUACCCAAUUGCGCUGAACAUGGUAGCCAGCGGUAAGAUCAACGUGAAGCCGCUAGUCACCCACCACUUCAGCCUGGAAGAGACUCUAGAGGCAUACGAGGUGGCGCGACAGGGAGCCGGGAUCAAAGUCAUGAUUCAUGUCCAGCCCAGGGACACCAACAACCCAAAGCAGUUCCAACCUUAACUCCUGUACAGUACAGAAGAAAAUUGUUUGUCAAGUCUACUUCAAACUGUCACUUGCUUGUCAUUUUGUAAUAGAUAUUCGAUCUUAUUGCUGGCACCAACAUCCCAAAGCAUUUCCAACCUUAACUCCUGUACAGUACAGAAGAAAAUUGUUUGUCAAGUCUACUUCAAACUGUUACUUGCUUCACAUUUUGUAAUAGAUAUUCGAUCUUAUUGUUGGUACCAACAACCCAAAGCAUUUCCAACCUUAACUCUUACUCAGUACAGAUGAAAAUUGUUUGUCAAGUCUACUUCAAACUGUCAGUUGCUUGUCAUUUUGUAAUAAAUAUUCGAUCUUAUUGCUGCCACCAACAUUCCAAGGCAUUUCCAACCUUAACUUCUAUACAGUACAGAAGAAAAUUGUUUGUCAAGUGUACUUCGAACUGUCAUUUGCUUGUAAUAGUAAUAAAUAUUCGAUCUUAUUGCUAGUUUUCUUUGUAACAAAAUAUCCGAAUUUACGCAAUAAUGCAUUUUAUUGUAAAGACAUAAAAUUUAAUUUUAAGUACAAACUUUGUUGUUUAGUAUAAGUUGUUAAUUGUUAAAAUCAAAAUCAAUAUUGAAAUGAAAUUUAAUUUGUGAAAAUAUUUUUGUAUUUAUAAAUAAAUAUUAAUAUUUUCCAUAA